AUGGCAGUUGCUGGGUUUUCUUCCUCUCAACCACUCAUACCGAUUUUCAAUGGUGAAAAGUACGAGUGGUGGAGUAUCAAGAUGAAGACAUUGCUCAGAUCGCAUGAGCUAUGGGACUUGGUGGAGUAUGGGUUUGUUGAUAUAAAACCCACGACAACCAUAUCAAAGCAUGCAUGGUCAAUUCUGCAGAAGGAGUUCCACGGUGGUUCAAAGGUUAUAGUAGUGAGAUUACAAUCACUAAGACGUGACUUUGAAACCUUGGUUAUGAAGAAUGGGGAAUCUAUUGCUGAGUUUUUGUCAAGAGUAAUGGCAAUAGUCAGUCAAAUGUGCUCCUACAGUGAGAAAAUUCCAGAUGAGACAAUCGUUGCAAAAGUAUUGAGAAGCUUGACUCCAAAAUUUGACCAUGUGGUAGCUGUUAUAGAAGAAGCUAAGGAUUUUUUAGUUUUUUCAGUUGAUGAACUAAUGGGAUCUCUUCAAGCUCAUGAGUCAAGAAUUAAUAGUUCGCUUGAAAAGAAAGAAGAGAAGGCAUUUCAAGUGAAGGAGAUAGCCACCAAACAUGGAGACAAGGACUGUUCAGCAAGCAGGGGUCGAGGAAGAGGAGGAUCUCGCGGUCGUGGACGAGGUAACGACAGAGGCAGAGGAAGGAAUGAAGGAUAA